UUCUCUAAUCCUUCCAUAAAAUGUCCUCCCCACGAAAGUUGUUAAUAACAAUCGUGCCGUUUUCUAUUUUAGUGUGUUACAUUACGAUUCGUUUUUUAAAUCUUUCAUUAAAACGCAAAGAGAAUGUUUUCCCCUCAAUGCAUACUGAAAUACUCAUCAGCGUCACUGAAUCCGUAAAAGUGAUGGAUCAAACAGUUUUAACAUCGGAGAUGUACGAAAAAGGAUUUCACAUUAUUCAAGACGAUGUGUGUUCGAAUUUUGGAAAUGGUUUAAACUUAUUGGUUAUUAUUAUGACGAAAUUGCACCAUAAAUCGAAAAGGAUGGGAAUAAGAAAAACUUGGGGUCAUUAUGCGCUUAUAAACGAUAUUGCAAUUGCUUUUCUUUUUGGUGGUGGUAAAAGUGAUGGUAUAAAAACCGAAUUGAAUAUGUAUUCGGAUAUGAUUAUUGAGAAAAAUGUUGAUAGUGAAUUUAAUAGAUCGUUAAAAUCAAUAUCAAUGAUGGAAUUUGUAUCAACUCAUUGUCCCGAUGUUAAGUACGUUUUAAAAACUAAAGAUGAUGUAUUUAUUAAUAUGCCAUCGUUAUUAAAAGUGAUAGAGAAGUUAAAUAAUAAUGUUAGUGCUCUUUAUGGGCAUAUUCAUCAUCAUAAACGAACGAAUAGAAUUAAUAAAUCGAAACAUUAUAUUUCUUACAAUCAAUAUAACGAUUCUGUUUUACCCGAUUAUUUAUCGAGUGAAACUUAUUUAUUUCCUGGUCAUAUAGCAAAAAGAAUUUACGAUGAAUCUCUUAAUCAAAUUUAUAUUCCGGCGGAAGAUAUAUUUUUAACCGGAAUCGUUCCUCAGAAAUUAGAAAUUAAAAGAAUUGGCAAAAGCGAGUUUAUAACUCAACACCAUAUUAGCGAAUAUAAAACUCAUACUUCAACGGUUAAUUUUAAAACUAAGACUCCUGCAAUGCAAUAUACUUAUUGGGAAGAAAUUAAUAUUCCUAAUGAUGUCAGAAACGAUGAAGAAUAGAAAGAAGUUGUUUUAUGAUUAUAAAGUAUGUACAAUAAAUUUUGAAAACUCCGAACAAACUUAAAAAGGAAACAACUUAAAAAGUUUUACUCUUAUCUAUUAAAAAAAUGUAUAAAAAAGAACUCGCUAAAAAGAACUUUCCUGAAAUCUAGAAGAAAUGAUAUUCGAAAUUUAAAUAAGCA